UCAUCGGUUCAUAUUGUGUUGGUAAUUAGUAAGGUUCUUUUGCAUUGUUAUUCAAAAAUAAACAAUAAAUUAAUAAAGUCAUUAAGCAAUAUUGCCAAUUUACAUAAUAACAUAAAACUAAUCUAUUUGUCAUAAAAUUUCUAAAUUACUCUCCGGCCAAAGCAUUACUACUUUCGCGAAAACAAUAACAAAGGCCAGUAGAGUAUCGCACAAGGCCUUUGCGAGUCUCAUUGCAGAGUGUUCUUGAUUUGCAAGUUAGUCGUCACUCGGGUAAUGGCCUAUGGCAAAUUGUGGCCUAAAUUGUGAUUAAAUAUCUCCAACAAAUAAUUGAACACGGGCGGUGACAGUGGAUAAGCUGUAUAUUUAAUUAAAGAUUAGAGUUUGUUUUUUUUUUUAUUGUUUUUGUGCUAAUUAUAGAGAUUGUGGUGUGUGAGUGUGCAAAGAAGAAAAAUCCAAUUGAAAACAAGAACAAAUGCCUAUGCUCUCUUGAGUGGCCGUUGUGGUCGAAUUAAAUUUAUAAUAAAAUCAGUUGAAGAAAUUACGUGGCCGUCCGUAGAAUUCCUUUAAUUUUUUCUCGGUAUUUGUUUAAUGUAAAUAAAACGACUAAGAAUUUGGAAAGGUGGUUUUGUUUGUAUUAAAAACAAAAGUGUGCUCAGAUUCGCUUGUCGCCAGCUGUUGUUCCUGCUGCUGCUGCCACCUCUUGUUGCUUAUUAUUAGAACGACGAAUGCCAACCAAACAGCAGACGGAAAAACGUAAAUAAACAAUAUAGAACAACAACGCGACGCAAGUAAUGAAUUAUGCUAACCAACUGAAUGGUGGCAGUUCAAGUGGCAUAUCAGCCCCACCCCAAACGGUGGUAACAACAGCAACAAUUAACAAUAAUAAUACAACAGCAACAUCAUCGCCAGCCUUAGCUGCAGCAAAUAUGGUUCUCAAUGACCCGCCAAGUAGUGAUUCCGAACCGGAAUUCAUUGACAAUAGCAGUGUGGAAUUGCGGGGAUAUCUCAGCAAAUGGACCAAUUACAUUUAUGGCUGGCAACCGCGUUAUAUUGUCCUUAAAGAUGGUACCCUGUCAUAUUACAAAUCUGAAUCAGAAUCAGAUUUUGGCUGCCGUGGUGCUAUUAGUCUAAGUCGGGCAACCAUAAAGCCACAUGAGUCCGAUGAACUUCGAUUCGAUGUUGUGGUCAAUAAUUAUAAUAACUGGUGUCUGCGUGCCGAUACGCCAGAGGAUCGAAUGCACUGGGUGGAAGUGCUGCGUAUGUACAAAGAGGACAGUACCAGCACAGAUACAACUUCAUUGCGACGCCAUGGCAGCACAAUGUCCCUGCAAUCCAACACAGUGUCCGUGGCAAGUGGUAGCAGUUUGAAAAAGACUCAACGGAAUUUGAAGGAAAAAGUUGGAGAAAUUGAAACAUUUAAGGAUAUACUGUUUGGACAAAUAGAGACAUUGCAAAGGUACUUUGAUGCCUGUGCCGAUGUCAAUAAGGGCAUGGAUAAGCCCCUCGAUUUGGGUGAUGGCCUAAAAGCUAUUGAUUUUAAGGGCGAAUCGAUAACAUUUCGUGCCACAACGGCUGGUGUUUUAACAACCUUGCAACAUUGUCUGGAAAUAAUUGUGGAAAAUGAUGAGACAUGGAAGAAGAAAUUGGAUAGAGAGAUUGAAAAACGCAAAAAAGUCGAAGAACAAAAUCGAAAAUUGAAAGAAGAAAUUGAAAAAUUAAAACGAAUAUCAUAUCCAGGACCAGAUUUAGAGGAAGGACCGCAUUCCACACUACCGGAAGAUGAAUUUUUCGAUGCUGUUGAAACGGGAUUGGAUAAAAUCGAAGAGGACAUGCAAUUGAGAGUUAAAUUGAAAUUGCAAUCACAACAAUCACAAAUCUCCACACACAACUCUGUGAAUGCGUCAGCAACAGAAAAUGGUGAAAACGAUGAUGUCGAUGCCGAAUUUGGUACUGGUGCCUUGGCCAGGUCACAUGAUCUGUGGGAAGAGAUUGAUCGGGUUUGCCUGGAACAGUUGCACUAUGCCCGACAAGGUGUCGGUCAGGACGGCAAUGGUUGGCAAAUAUUUGCCGAUGAAGGCGAAAUAAAAAUGUAUAAACGUGAGGAGGAAGUCAAUGGCAUGGUUGUGGAUCCCCUAAAAGCCUAUCAUUCCGUCAAGGGUGUAACGGCCAGAGAAAUGUGUCAUUAUUUCUUUAUGCCCGAAUUCCGCAACGAAUGGGAAACCACCUUGGAGGACUGCACAAUAUUGGAAAAAAUCUCGCCAGACACAUAUUUAUUCCUACAGACCCACAAACGUGUCUGGCCAGCUAGUCAAAGAGAUGCCCUGUUCUGGUCGCAUAUGCGCAAAAUUACCGAUGGUUUGGACGAGGGUGCUGUCGAUACCUGGAUCGUUUGCAAUAAUUCAACAAAUUAUUCAACACAAGAAUCUAAAAAUGGCAAAUGCGUUAGAAUAUUUUUAACAGUUAUAAUGGCCUGUCAGACACAUUUGCCACCGGGCAAAACUAAAGGGGAUAAACUGACCCGUGACGAUUUAACGUGUAAAGUCACGUACUGUUCUGUGGUCAAUCCCGGCGGUUGGGCUCCUGCCUCUGCUUUACGCGCUAUUUAUAAGCGUGAAUAUCCAAAGUUCCUUAAACGUUUCACCAGUUACGUGAUAGAUCAACGUAAAGAUCAACCCAUUAUGUUCUGAUAUUUGCCAUUUUCAUUAUUAUAUUUGCUGUUAUAACUAAUUAUUUUUAUUGUUUUUUUUUAACACUUACCAACAAUGUUUUAUAUUUCUCUUACUCCCCGCUCCCUCUCUCUCUCUCUCUCUCUCUCUGAAAAUGCAUGGCAUAAAGUCAAACUACAUAUUAAUUUUUUAUGUUUUUUUUUAAUCUACAAGUUCCAAAUACAAUUUUUGUUUUGAAAUACGUGUUUUUCGCUAAUGUUAACAAUGUUGAAAACGAACAAAUUCUUCACACCUCCUGUUCAAGUAGUUAUUAGGAAUACUAUAUAAACAACGCUUGGGUGUUUUGUUGUUUUGUAAUAUAAUUUUAUAUAAAGAAAAUAAAAAUAAUUUAAAGAAAUAUUACCAAAUAUCCCAAUUGGAAACCAUAUGCCUUUCUAAAAAAAAACUAAAAUAUUUAUCAUAUAUUUACAAUGUUAGAAGUGUUCAACAGUUCUAAAAUAUUUUGAAAUUUAUUCUUUUUAAUGGAAAGAAAUAGGAUUGUGGAAUUUAGAUAAAAUCUUAUAAAAUAAGAAAUUUCAAUGAUCCUCCAUUUCAAUUUUAUUUUAUAGAAAAAUAUCCAAAUUCCAAAACACACAAUAUUUGUUAAAAAAUAUUGUUCCUUUCCUUUAUCUUUUCCACAAUCUCUUAUCGACAUUAAUGGGAAUUGUUUCUUAUUAAACUUAGAAAACGGUGCAGAGUGAGCAAUAUCACAAUACUUCUCGACUAUGCCUUAUAAAUUGGCUAAUGCAGACAAACUGAAUACCAAUUAAAAUAUGUUUUUCCUUUACAUAAUAAAAUACUAUAUAAAUAAUAUUCUAGGUAUAUGUUUUUAGUUUAAAUAUUACACAUAUUCACAUGCACAAACACAGCAAUCCUUACUAUUUUUCCAAUACACACUAAAAAACACAAAUCACUUUGACUCAAUAUAAUUUUUAUUUACAACAAAAUAUAUAUUUAAUAUACCAUUACUAUAUAUAUUUAUAUACAAAACAAGAAAGAAAAAAACAGAGCUAAUGAAAAACAAAUAAAAUUUAAAAAGAAAAACAAAACAAAAGUGCUAUAUAUUCAACCAAGUUGUUAUGCAUUAUCCCAAGAGAAAAAAACUAUUGAAGAAAAUUGUUUAAAACAAUAUUUUUAUUUGAUUAUUAUAUUUUUUAAUAAAUUAUUUUUUGAAAGUAAAUCGCAUUUAUUUUAUAGUAGCUACAAGUAUAUUUGUCAAGAAAAAAACACCAAAUAAAUAUAUAUAUAUGUCAUUUUACUUUUUUUAAGAAGACAAUCAAUCAUGCUUUGACAAUUUCUCGUACACAAUUUUACAUAAAUUAUAAAAUAUGAUGGAUCACACUGUUAAAUAUUUCGAAAAUAAUUCAAAUUAAAAAAAAAAAAAACAAAUUAAGAAAGUAAUAAAUGUGGAAAAUCAAAUCAGAUCAAGAAA